GGCAAGAGGGGGAGAGCCAGAGAGAGAGAGAGAGAGAGAGAGAGAGAGAGAGAGAGAGAGAGAGAGAGAGAGAGAGAGAGAGAGAGAGAGAGAGAAAGAGACACAAUGGGGUUCUUCUGGUGGUGGAAGUGCCGUGAUGGACCUCGUACCGGGAACCCCCGUGGGCCCCAUGGCGCAGGCUGGGCGGGCCCCACCACGCUGCUCUGUGUCUACGGAUUCUGCUCCAUGAUGAGACCCAUCGAGCCCUUCAUGACAGAGUUCCUCUCGGGGCCCGACAAGAACUUCACCACCGGUCAGCUAACGCGCCAGGUGUACCCUGUGUUGACCUACUCCAACAUCCUCCUCCUGGUCCCAGUCCUCCUGGUGACCGACUGGCUGCGCUACAAGCCCGUCAUCGUCCUCCAGGCGCUCUGCAACCUGCUGUCCUUCCUGCUCCUCCUGCUGGGCCCGCGUGGGGACACCGCCUGGGCCCGCGGGGCCCUCUUCGUCUCCAGCCUGGGCUCGGUGGCCGACGUGGCCUACAUCUCCUACAUCUACAGCCUGGUGCCGCCGCAACGCUACCAGAGAGUCACGGGCUACGUGCGCGGCGCCUUGCUGCUGGGCUACGCGGCGGGCGCCACGCUGGGCCAGCUGCUGGUGUCCGUGUUCGCCGUGGCUCUGCGCCGCCUGUUCGCCGUGUCCGUGGCGUCGCUGGCCGCCGCCCUGGCCGUGGCGCUCUUCCUGCCCAUGCCCAAGAGGAGUCUGCGCGAGAGGGAGAUGCGGGGGGGCUCCGGUGCGGAUGCAGUUGCGGACGCGGAGGAAGACCCCGGCUGCUCCGUCGGACCCUGCAGGCAGGCGUGGGCGCGGUCACGGCGUGCGGUCCGCUGCGCAGGCAGGGCGUCGCAGAGGCUGGCGGCGGACUGCGUGGCGUGUUACUCCUCGGUGGCGGUGGCCUUCUUCUGUGUUUGGUUCGCUGCUGGGAGGUGUGGCUUCUACCAGGUGGCAAGCUACGUGCAGUUGCUGUGGCUUGAUCAGCAGCCGCAGCACAACUUCACGGCCUACAACGGAGCGGUGGACGCCCUAGCAACCCUUUCGGGAUCGGCUGCAUCCCUCGCAGUAGGCCACAUCUCUCUGGACUGGGCCCUGUGGGGAGAGGUCUUCCUCGGGGGUUUCACAGCCCUGAUUUCAGGGGCUCUGUUCCUGAUGAACCUGACUGAUAGUAUCUGGGUCUCCUACGUCUGCUAUGCCCUCUUCAAAGCGCUCUACAUGCAACUCAUAACCGUGUGCACCUUCCAGAUUGCCAAGUCUCUGAGGCUGGAACGCUACGCCUUGGUGUUUGGUCUGAACAGCUUCCUGGGGACUGUCCUCCAGACCGCCCUCACAGGUGUGGUGAUCAACACCAGGUCUCUGAGGCUCACCCUCUCCUCCCAGUUCUUGAUCUAUGCAGCCUUCUUUGGAGUGCUGGCACUGCUGUUCGUUGUUAGAGGUGUGUAUGUAGUCCUCCACACAAAGCACAGCUCCCAGGAGAACCAGGCGGAGAGAGACAACCAAUUACCAGAGGUCACACCUAGGCCAUUCUGAACCGUGACUGCAGCAAAAUGGAUUGCGUACAUUGAAUGGUACAGUUGAGCAAGAUAUCAGUGAAAGAAGAGAAACCGUGGAUCUAUGAGAGAAACGGGAUUGACUGUUGCCGGUGCUACAAAGAGAGUACAGGGUGUAAUAUCUGUAUAUGGACACUAGAGUUCAGUGGCAGCAUAACGUGGAAUAAAAUGGACUGCUCCAGGCUUGCUGUCGAGAACUGGCCUUUUUAUUGGGAGCCAACUUUCUAGUUUGACUGUUCUAGUGUUUUAUGAUAGAUGUUAUUUUCAGCUAUUUCAACAUGUCAGUUUAUACAGUAGUACAGUAGUGAUGUAAUGAUAGAUUAGUGGGUUUGUUUUGAAUGUUUAAAUACAAAUACAUUGAUACAUUUUAUGUGUUCAAUACAAAUGUAAUAUGGUACAUUAAAACAUAGAACUUGGUUUAUUUGCCUUAUGCUAUACAUUAAAUCCAUACUGAGUUGAUUGAUCUCCAAUAACAUUUUUGUACUUAAUUUUUUUUGUACAAGCUUGCUGGAGGAACAGAAGUAA